CGGCAAGUGUAACCAGUGUUUUCGUUGCCGCGUGUCCGCCUCUCGCCUCUCGUUUCUCGCCUCGUAUUUCGACGGUAAUACGGUUUGGCUGCGUAAUUCGAACGGACACGGAAUACGAACGACCAGCAACGAGGAAGAUAGGAAAGCUGUUGCUGGCAAAUCGAACGAUCGGUUCUUUACCCCUCCUACCUCUCGGAUAGUAACGAAAGAGGGAGAAAAGAUACAUGCAAGGACCGAGCAUACCUGGGAGCGUUUGAGAAGCACGUCCCCCGAGACCCCUCCAGCCAAAGUCACUCGCCUAACCUCUUCCCUGUCCUCCUUAUCCUCCUCCGCACCCUUUCCCUCCGCAAAUCUCGAGAAGAAAACUCCUUACCGUAAUCACAGAACUCGUGACUUCGUUAUGGACGGUAUGGAUUCCAAACCGGUCUUGAACGACGACCCUUCGGUCACCCUAACCAUCCGCCUGAUUAUGCAGGGCAAGGAGGUCGGCAGUAUCAUCGGGAAGAAAGGAGAGAUCGUUAAGAGGUUCCGCGAAGAGUCCGGGGCGAAGAUCAACAUCUCGGACGGAACUUGCCAGGAGCGCAUAGUGACGGUGACCGGGCCGACGAACGCGAUCUUCAAAGCGUUCACGUUGAUAUGCAAGAAAUUCGAGGAAUGGUGCUCGCAGUUCCACGACACCCAGGGUGGCGGCGGCGCGACCAGGCCCCCGAUCACUCUCAGGCUGAUCGUGCCCGCGUCCCAGUGCGGCUCCCUCAUCGGCAAGGGUGGCUCCAAGAUCAAGGAGAUUCGCGAAGUGACCGGCGCCUCGAUCCAAGUCGCCUCCGAGAUGCUGCCGAAUUCGACGGAACGCGCGGUUACCAUAUCCGGUACCAGCGAGGCCAUCACGCAAUGCAUAUACCACAUAUGCUGCGUUAUGCUAGAGUCCCCUCCUAAAGGUGCAACAAUCCCUUACCGCCCUAAACCCCAAGUUAGUGGGCCAGUGAUCCUGGCUGGUGGGCAAGCCUACACCAUCCAGGGUAAUUACGCGGUGCCCGCUCACUCGGACGUAAGUACAGUAUUGCCAUUGUCCGCGCCCGCUGCCGGGCCCACCCCGCCCUCGCUGAACACCCAAACUUUGACGACUUCGCCCUUCGCGGCCCACCCCUCCUCCUCGGCCUUCGCCGCUUCUCACGGGCAACCGCUCCUAUCCACGGCCCACCUUACCAGCCCACAUCUUCCUCUCCACCCGAGCCCCUUACACGCCAGCGUGGCAGGCCUCGCCGACCCCCUGCUGAAGAGUGGACACUUGCAGGCAGCCCUCCCGCCCGCACACCUCGUGGCAGACGCCAUGGGAAAGCUCGGUAGCAAUCCGUUGGCUGGGCUCGCGGCUCUCGGCCUCGGAGGCCUGGCCACACCUGCCAACACCGGCGGACUCAAUCCUGCAGCACUGGCAGCGCUAGCCGGCAGCCAGCUGCGCACCAGCAACACGAACAGGCAACAGCCCGCUGCGAACAAUCAGACGCACGAGCUCACCGUGCCCAACGAGUUGAUCGGAUGCAUCAUCGGGAAGGGCGGCAGCAAGAUCGCCGAGAUCCGUCAGAUUUCCGGCGCGAUGAUCAGAAUCAGUAACUGCGAGGAGAGAGAAGGCGGAGCCACGGAUCGUACGAUCACCAUUACCGGAAAUCCGGACGCCGUAGCAUUGGCACAAUAUCUCAUCAAUAUGAGUGUUGAACUGCAGAAAGCUAACCUUGAGGCCCAAAAUACCCAAACCCCUGGCAGCGGUACCACUCCCGGGGCAUCCGGAGCCAGUGCUUCUCCCUCUACCACCACUACCACUGCCUCUCCCUUGGCCAGCGCCAUUCCCUUGGCUCAGCUGCUAAGCAAGCCAGGCGCCCUCAACGCCCUAUCUAGCCUGACCGCCCUCGGCGGACUCACGGAAUUGCUAGGUGGUGCUGCUGGCGCGGCUGCAUCCGCGCUUCCGGUCCAGACCACCGGCGUGCACCGGUCGCACAAGUUCACGCCGAGGUUGCGUAGCCCCGGCGCACCCGGACCGACCGACAGCGGAAAAUUCAAAUCCGAGCGCACCAAGUACAACCCGUACUGAGCCAACGGACCAUCGACCACGGAGAGACGCGACAGGGAGCUGCUCGUUGCACGUUCGAACACACGCAUUGCUCGUCGACGACCGGAACCGGAACAAGAACAACAGCGACAAGAACCGCCGCUCGACCAUACACACACGGUACACGAAAUCGAUCGCGUCGGAGAUACGCGCGUACGGACGCCAGGGUAGCGCGCGAGUCGCGGGCCACGCGGGCCGCGAGUUCGGAUUUAAGACUUGGCCAAGGAUCGGACCACGACCUUUUUUUCGAUACGGACUUCUCGUUCCUCUUCUACCGCUACCGCCGCUCUCUGCCGCUACUACCGCUAAAACUUCCACCUCUCGACGGUAGGAUAAGACACUUUUUUUUUCUUUCCGCGAAUCGAGAAUAUAACCGUGCGCGCGUACGAUGUUUCCUUUUUCGUCUUUAAGAUCGCGUUGCAUUUCUCCGAGAUAUACAGGGUGUAGACGAGGUCCGAAGGACCUUUCGUUUGUUCGAGCUUGUCCGUGUGGAUCUGGAAUAUUCGGAGCUGGGGUGCGCGCGCGGGCUCUCUCCUUCGUCGCGGUGCUUUCAACGCGUUCGCGAUAGUUUUCUAAAAGCUUACAUUUUUUUUGUUUCCAAAGAAUACGUUAUUUCUUUUUAGUGCCGAGACAUCGAGCGAUUCCAGAGCACGCGAUGUUCCGUUUUUUUGUUUUUUUUUUCGGAUUAUCGUUUGGAUCACGGAGGAUCGGGCGCGUUAACUCGAAAUCGCGGAGCGUUUCGGUCGGGUUUCGUUGAUCGAGUAGAUUGGAGCGGCGGGCGGGGGAGGGGAGGGGGAUAAUCGAUCGUAGCUUUCGUCGCAAAAGAAACGAUCGCUGGUUUAGCCUAGGAACUUUUUCGAAUUCGUAGACUCCUCGGAAGGAUUUUCUCGUUCGGAUAUUCCGGAUCCACGCGCGUGUAACGCCUACGUUCGUAGUAGACACGGACUUCGAAGUUAGCGGUACGCGAGAGCGUGCCCCCGUGAACGAAGAUCGUCGAGAUCCGACGCUAAGUCUUCGGGGCCCUUGACGCCAGCUGGACGCGUCCUCCGAGUCCUCGUUUGUUCGCGCGGAGAGCCUCGCGAAUCGGUCGCGAAGGCUUCCAUCGGCGAGCCCUCGUUUCUUACUUCGUACGGAUGAUUUCUUGCGAUCGAGACUACGCGGGAUCGUACCGCGCGUCGCCUUCGAAUCAAAAAGAACGAGGAACGAUCGUCGCGGUAUCGGAAAUUACGACUCGGGAGGCGCGACUGCUUGCGCGCACCGUCGCCUUUACGUACGUACACGCAUACGUGCGUGUAAUGGAAGGUAAACGCGACGAAUUAAUAAUCGAUUAAUCUUUGAAGCAGAACAACCUUUUCUUACUAGCGUUAGAUUAUAUAAAUAUAAAUAUAGCUGACCACUUGAAUCGAGAGAGAGAGAGAGAGAGAGAACGAAAGCGGAGAAACAUAAAAUUAUGUCGCGAUCGACGCAAAGGACGAAACAAAUUUAGGGUGCGCGUGUGCGUGACGAGUGGAUGACGAGCGACUGCGAGAGAAAGAGAUCGAGCGAAACGAUUAUAUUUUAUUUUCACUUUUCGAUUUAAUCUUGACGCGUGCGCGCGAACGACGAUAAGAGAGAGGGGAGAAAGAGAGCGGGAAAAUGAUCGCGCGCGGCGUUGGGGUCGGGAUUCGGAAAAAGAAACGGACGGAUAUACGCGUGGAAUCAUGUAACGCGGCUCGAACGAGCAAAACGGCGGACUUGCUCCGCCGGGCGAUCGCGGCAAGAAUGCGAGAAUGAGAGAAGAGGCAACGAUCGGAGAGCUUAUUUGUACCGCGAGGUAGUGGUUCGUCGAAUAACGUCGUCGGUGAAUAUAAAUAUAUUAUAUUCGAUUAUACGAGGUAAUCAAUCAAUCUACGAUAGUGGUCAUUUUAUUGUAACGAUAUAAUAAUUAAUAUACGAACAGGCAAUGGAAAACGUAAUCGUUCGCGAGGAGAGAAACACGGUCGAUUGUAACGCCGAUGUAUACAUGUACCGGGAUCUAGAGAGAAUAAAGUAUAAAGUGAAUCCAGUUUGGAUAAAUUAGGUUAAA